UGCUAAAUUAGCUAAUGGCGCUAUACAAGUGGCGCAUGCAGUGUUUUCUCAAAUAUGGCGGCGUCUACAUUAACACAACUCGGUCAAUGCCUUAUCCAGCAUAAAGAAAUCUGGCUGUAACGUGAACACGUUUUACUUUUGAAUUAAAAAUGCAUAUUUUGAAUUACAUUUAUAAUCAUCGAAGAUUACUAAUAUAGUUUCCGAUCAACAUGAAUUACGGACAGUUUAAUCGGCUUCUAAAAUAUAAAUUCUCUUCAAAAUUAACAAAUUACGUCAGUAAUGUUUUUAUGAAAGUAAAGAAUUUUGAAACUCCAGAAAAAUUAAAAGGAACAUUUCUCGAACGAUGGGGGAAAUACUGGAAGAAUGUUUAUAUAGAUUACAAAAGUGUAGGAGAAGGUGUUGCUCAGGAUUGUAAAGAGCGUCCGAUACGAGCCUCUACAUAUGCUUUUAUUACAGCACUAUGUGUAUAUAUGAACAAAUAUAAACCAGAUGAAUGUUCCUUCAGAGAACAUUUAUUACAAAAUACUAUGAAAAUAAUGCUAGUAGGAGAAUCUGUACGCAAUCCCACAUCUGAACAUCAUGUAAAGUGGUUAGGACAAUGCUACAGCGAAGGUAUUGUACGACAGCUAAAUUUGGGUUUAAUUACUAUUAUUUGGUUAGAUGACUAUGAUAAAGCAUGUACCUUGUAUAAAGCUAUUUGCCCUUAUUUGAAACCUCGAUAUUUAACAUUUCAUCAAAGGGUGGUAGAUGUGGGAUGUUUAGACAAAUGGUGGGUUUUAGAAAGUAAAAUGAAAGAUUAUGAUGUAAAUGAUGUAGAAUUCAGUAAUGUAACAUAUGAAUAAAAUGUUUAAUUUAAAACAG